AUGGUGGAAGUUGAUUAUCUCAAUCUUCCUCAUAAGAUAACACCCAAAUUGGGCUGGGCGACUGCAAUUGCGAGUCUAGGUACGUUGCAAUUUGGAUUUCACUUAGCUGAAUUAAAUGGACCAGGAGAAAUCUUAUCUUGCAAAUCGUUUAAAAAAGGACCGCUAGAGAAUUAUACAGAUACUUUUUGGGGUCAAUAUAAAUUUCAGGAAUGUAUUCCUAUGGAUGGUUCUAGUAGUAUAGCAAUAAUUACAACUUUGUUCGCAGUGGGUGGACUUUUAUCAUCUAUCAUUAUAGGAUCGAAGAACAUAUCAAAUGAGUUCGGGAGAAAAGUGAUAUGUUUUGCGAAUGCCGCUUUGUUUUUGUUAGGAUCAAUGAUGAUGGCACUCGCAAAUUCUUACUGGCUCUUUUGCUUGGGUAGACUUUUGAAUGGUUUUGCAGGUGGUGCAGCAAUGUUCAUUACCCCAAUAUUAGUAAAUGAGAUUACACCCACUAGCCAGCGGGGGUUUUUAGGUUCUUUAUUGCAAUUAGCAGUUGCCAUAGGUAUCUUUUUGGCACAAUUUGUAUCUUAUUUUUGGUCCAACAACCAACAAUGGAGAUACAUUUUUGUAUUUUCUGCUUCGCUAGCACUUUUCCAAUUCUUUGCACUUUUUACUACGGUGGAAUCGCCAAAAUGGUUGAUUGUUAAACAUGGAGAUAUAAACACUGCUAGAGAUAUAAUGAAUGACUUGAGAUCAAAUCGCUCAAGCAUAUCUCAUGAAAUAAAUCAUUGGCAAAGAUUGUCAGCAAAUUCCAAGUAUGAGGCUAAAGUAGGUGAGACCACUGCUUUAUUAGAGUCAGAAGAUAGCAUAUUUUCGGAACCAUUGACAACAACUAUUUCAAGAAGAGGUUCAAUUGACCCUUCGACGGUUUCAACUUUAGACUUUUUCUUGAAAUCUUUAUACCGCAAAGAACUUUUCGCAGUAAUCAUUAUUAUGUCUGCUCAACAGUUAGCUGGAAUGAAUGCCAUAACUUUCUAUGGUGUAAAAAUUAUGGAAAGUGUCACACCACCAGGCACUAAUGUCAUACUGUUGACUUGUUCAUUCUCGUUAUGUAAUGUUAUCAGUCUUCUAGCAAUAUCACCAGCUAUAGACAAGUUAGGUAGAAGACCCCUUCUUCUUUUGUCAGCCUUUGUGAUGGGGUUUAGUGCAUUCAUAAUCGCGGUAGGCUUAAAUUUCGACUUUGAUUAUUUGGUUGCAUUUGCAUGCUUUUUAUUUAUUUUCGGAUACUCCGUAGGUUUUGGUCCAAUUCCUUUUAUGAUGGUAUCUGAGCUAGCUCACCAUGAGGCAAUUGCAGUUGCCCAAUCCGUCGGAACUACCAUAAACUGGUUCUCGAGUAUUCUUAUAGCAUUUUUGUUCCCAAUUUUGCAAUCAUUGAUUGGUGGCAGUGUUUUUUUUAUUUUUUUUGCUAUAUCGGCCAUGUAUUUCUUGCUAAUAUGGGUUUGCGUGCCUGAAACCAAGGGUCUGAAUGGCUAUAAUGACGUCUGGAAUACUGUAUAG